ACAAAUUCAACGUUUACCGUCCUCGAUUAAAUUCCCCUGGCCCUUUCAUCCAAAAGCGAGGGUCUGAUCCGUCCACAACGACGAUGAGCUCGACGGCAACUGGAAGCAGCUCGUCCACUGCCGCCACGUCCAAGCACCCGACCGUGGAAUGCGAUGUCUGCGUUGGCAUGACAAUGUACACGAGGUUGGUGCGUGGACGAUUGUUCUUCUCGACAGCUCAGACGACUAUCGUCGUCCUCAUUACGUAGUGCCAUGCGCGAUGCCAACGAGAAACCCAUAUGCGUCGGAUUCAAAAGCACCAAAUGCGAGAUCGAUCAACAGGGCUUUGUCGAGUUGCUGGAGAAGCGACAACAGGAGGCUGCUGGGUCACCCACACGGUCCAAGUCAGCAACAACUACCAUCGACCAAGAAGCUCGCCUUCGCCACAUUGAAGCGUUUCUUGCCGCUCUUUCCAACAAACCCCAGCCCAAAGUCGACGCCACGGCGCACGAUUCCAUCUACGCACCAGAAAAAGACUCGUUUCGGUACAUGUACUGGGGCCUGACUUUGUACUCGAGCACGCCAACUAGUACGACUAGUACUACUAGUACUUCUACUACUACUGGUGACAAAGAUACUGGCCAUUUCAAGCACGUUUUGCCUCUGUGUGUCGGGGUCAGCUACUUGCAGCGCUCGAAACCCAGUUUGCCAGCCACGGCAGACGUCGCCAGCAGGUCCGUCCCCGCCCCGUCGCCAUUUUCACGACCAGCCGAUCUCGCGCUAACGAAAGCCGUCGACCCGGAGGCCACCCCGGUAAAUCUCCUGGGCAAAAUGACUGCUGCGUGCAACUUUACCGCCAUGGCGAUGGUCAAGUAUGCAGAUCGCCAGGCGACGAACUUCCCCGAGCGCUACACGCAGUCGAUGCAGAGGCUGGUAGACAACAUGCACGUGCAGUGGGGCAGCAUGACGAAAUUGGCGAUUCGCAUUGUAACGUUUGGCGGAAGUAAGAAGGACUCGUGAGAUAAUUACCACGCUACCCAUUGUAUUUCUUGGCACGAUCGAUCGAUUAUUGUGCUUUUUUCCCCCAAAUUUGCCUAUUUUGGGGGAUUGUUGACAUCGCCGACAAAUAGAGAAAGUAGAGGAUUGGUUUCAAAGAAUAAAGGUUGUGAUGAUUGGC